AUGGAGUUACCAUUGGAGGAGUUUGACUUGAUUUUUAGCAUGGAUUGGUUGAACAAGCAUCGAGUUAAUCUCAAUUGUGAAACUAAAAGAGUUGUUCUGAAGACUCAGGAUAACCGAAAGAUUAUGAUGAUCGGGGAACGUCGUGGAUUCUUGACAAAUGUUGUGUCUGCUUUGGUAGCUGAUAGGAUGAUCAUGAAGGGUUCCGAGGCGUUUCUUGCUUAUAUUCUGGAUACUAUGAGUUCCUUAUCUGACAUUGAAGGCAUCCGGACUGUUAAAGAUUUUCCUGAUGUUUUUCCUGAAGAGUUGCAUGGAUCACCUCCGGAUAGAGAAGUUGAGUUUGAGAUUGAAUUCUAUUAUGGUUCCGCCCCGAUUUCGAUGGCUCUUUACCUUGUGUUCAUCGAUGAAAUACUGGUGUAUUCUCAAACUGAAGCAGAGCAUGAUGAGUACUUGAGGAUCGUUUUACAAACUCUGAGGGAAAACAAGUUGUACGUCAAGUUAAACAAGUGUGAGUUUUGGCUCAGUGAAGUGAAUUUUCUUGGACAUAUCAUUUCUGCUGAGGGUAUCCGGGUGGAUCCGAGUAAAAUGGAGGUUAUUCUGAACUGGAAGCAACCCAAGAACAUCUCAGAGAUACUAGUUUCUUGGGCUUAA